UGCAGCUAUAUGACUGUUCAGUGGGCCAGUCUGACUGUAGCCAGUGCAGAGCGGUGUCUUCGGGGUACGGCUGUGUCUGGUGUGGUGGAGAGACACCAGGCUGCGUCUACAAUCUCUCCUGUACCAGCUCACCUGGGCCCGCUGACACCUGUCCCUCGCCUCAGAUCACACAGAUCCAGCCAGUGACUGGUCCGGUGGAGGGAGGUGUUCUGAUCACCAUCCGUGGGUCCAACCUGGGGAUGCAGUACCAGGACAUCCAGGGAGGAGUGACUGUAGCUGGGGUCAGCUGCCUGCCUCAGUCCCAUGGAUACCUCAUCUCUACCAGGAUAGUGUGUGAGCUCCAGCCCAGUAAACAAGAGACGGAGGGACCAGUCAUUGUUUCCGUGAGAGACUCAGAACCAGGACAGUCUCUGCAGAUAUUCACCUACCAGGACCCCCAGUUGACUGCUAUAGUCCCUGAUAAGGGCCCGGUAUCAGGAGGGACCAGCCUGACAGUCCAGGGGACUCGGCUACUAACGGGACAGAGGAAGGACCUGACUGCAUACGUAGGACAACAACCCUGCUACAUUGUUGAGGAGGUGAAUGGGACUCACCUGGUAUGCAGGACCAGCCCCAGUAACCAGACAGCAGUGCUGACAGUGAGGGUGUUGUUUGGGAAGGCAGAGAGGAGCGUACCUGGGCAGGUGUUUCACUACAUGGAGGACCCUGUCAUCACCGCAGCAUCGCCUGCUGAGAGCUUCUACGAGGGUGGGCGUAGUAUAAAGGUGAGUGGGCGUAGCCUGUACGUGGUCCAGCAGCCAAUGCUAACUGUGUGGGUGGAGCCUAAAGAGAACCCGCUGGUGAGGAGGAGGAGGAACAACCAACUGGUCUUCAACAGCACCAAUCUCUCUCGCUCUCUCUCCUCUGUCUCUCUCUCUCUCUCUGUGUCUCUCUCCUCGAACUGUUUGACCCCGCGUGUGACCCUGACACUAAGGUCUGGGGUCUGUUUCUCGUUCUGUCGUUUGAGGAGCGUUGCGCGUUCUGUCUAUCCCAACCCCGAGCUGUUGGCUCUGAACAGAGAUGACCCUGACACACCCUACCGCUUCAAACCUGGAGGGGUCAUCGCUGUAGAGGGUACGGACCUGACGCGUGCGAUGACCCGAGCGGAGGUGAUAGCCAGGCUGGGGGACCAGGAGUGUGAGGUCAAGACACUGGACAGUACUCACCUGUACUGUGAACCUCCUGAGAAACAGCCAGCCAGUCUGGGGAGCAACAAACUGCCCAGCCUCAGGGUGGUGAUGGGGAAGCUGAACGUAGACCUGGGGACAGUGCAGUAUGAUACAGAAGGCCUCUCACCUGUCCCUCUGGCUGCCCAGGUGGGUCUGGCUGCAGGGGCUGCUGUGGUGGUCCUAGUGGUGCUGGUCAUCAUCCUCAUGUACAGGAGGAAGAGCAAACAGGCUCUGAAAGACUACAAGAAGGUCCUGGUUCAGCUGGAGACUCUGGAGAUCAAUGUGGGAGACCAGUGCAGGAAGGAGUUCACAGAUCUGAUGACAGAGAUGAUGGAUUUGAGUAGUGAUGUGGGUGGACCAGGUAUUCCUCUCCUGGACUAUAAGACGUACGCAGAGCGCGUGUUCUUCCCCGGCCAGAGGGGGGCUCCACUGAGUCAGGACCUGAACCUGCCAGAGUCCCGCAGGCAGACAGUAGAACAAGGGCUGGGACAACUCAACAGCCUCCUCAACAACAAACUGUUCCUCAUCAGGUUCAUCCACACCCUCGAGGCCCAGCAGAACUUCUCCCAGCGUGACCGUGGCUACGUGGCGUCUCUCCUGACCAUGGCCCUGCACGACCAGCUGGAGUACUUCACUGAUGUCAUGAAGACCUUACUGGGAGACCUGGUGCAGCAAUACGUCACCAAGAACCCCAAACUCAUGCUGCGCAGGGUACGGGACCUGACCAACCCAUUUCUCUCCACCAGGGUGCGGACCUGGCCUACGGGCGUGCGACCUGACCCGUCGGAGGAGGUGAUAGCCAGGCUGGGGGACCCAGGGUGUGAGGUCAAGACACUGGACAGUACUCACCUGUACUGUGAACCUCCUGAGAAACAGCCAGCCAGUCUGAGGAGCAACAAACUGCCAGCCUCCAGGGUGGUGAUGGGGAAGCUGAACGUAGACCUGGGGACAGUGCAGUAUGAUACAGAAGGCCUCUCACCUGUCCCUCUGGCUGCCCAGGUGGGUCUGGCUGCAGGGGCUGCUGUGGUGGUCCUAGUGGUGCUGGUCAUCAUCCUCAUGUACAGGAGGAAGAGCAAACAGGCUCUGAAAGACUACAAGAAGGUCCUGGUUCAGCUGGAGACUCUGGAGAUCAAUGUGGGAGACCAGUGCAGGAAGGAGUUCACAGAUCUGAUGACAGAGAUGAUGGAUUUGAGUAGUGAUGUGGGUGGACCAGGUAUUCCUCUCCUGGACUAUAAGACGUACGCAGAGCGCGUGUUCUUCCCCGGCCAGAGGGGGGCUCCACUGAGUCAGGACCUGAACCUGCCAGAGUCCCGCAGGCAGACAGUAGAACAAGGGCUGGGACAACUCAACAGCCUCCUCAACAACAAACUGUUCCUCAUCAGGUUCAUCCACACCCUCGAGGCCCAGCAGAACUUCUCCCAGCGUGACCGUGGCUACGUGGCGUCUCUCCUGACCAUGGCCCUGCACGACCAGCUGGAGUACUUCACUGAUGUCAUGAAGACCUUACUGGGAGACCUGGUGCAGCAAUACGUCACCAAGAACCCCAAACUCAUGCUGCGCAGGUGGGUCCUGGUGGACCUGAACCGGUUACAUAUCAAAUAUCACUAUAUAGUGGUCUAUUUGACCAGGGUCUAUAUAUAG